AUGGUGGUGAGCACGAGCACACCCAUCGGGGUGGCAACUGGUGCUAGUGGAGGCCUUGGAAUGGGAUCGAUCUUACGCACGUACAAACCACGCACACCACGUGGCUCCAUAUCGCGAUUCCCAAGUGCCGGCAAGUUAUCGAUCGUCAGUGCCGACAUCAGUUACGACGAACCCAACCCGGGAGACAGUGAUGGCAAUAAUAAUCGCUUACCAGGGGCGCUAGAACGUGCUGAUGAAGUUGACACACCAACGGCCAAGUGGACGGUCAAUGUUGGUGAGAGUGAUGGGAAGUGUGCAUACAGACUGGCGGAAGCGAAUGGUCGUCCUGGGGAGACAUCCUGCCCAAGCUCGUCCGGGGUCAUCAUCGGAAAGCCGGUCAACCUGAUGCUGUCAAAGAUGUCGCUGCUGUGGAAUACGAGCGGUUGGUUGAGGAUCUACUGUGGACCGGAUCGUAGCGAGAUCAGUGCCGACGAUCGGAGCCGUAUGAUACACGUCGUCACGACGGCUACUACGUUGGAUGUGGUCAAAGACAUGAACCUGCCGGGAGACUACACGCUCUGGGUCCAAAUCGGUGGAGGUCGCACGAGACGGUUGGAGGAAAACGAGUAUCCGCUGUUGGUGCAGGAGGAGUUCUUGAAGUCGCUCGGUUACUUUGAUGAGUCGCGUCGGGCCCGGCUUGGCAUCGAUCCGGAGUUGAAGCACCUGAUCCGGUUCCAUAUCGGACCGGCUGAGAUUCCGAUGUGUAAGGGUGUGCUGCGAUCGGGCAUGGUCGAGGUGUUGAAGGGUUCCAUGUUCCCGCAAUGGCGCCGGCGCCAUCUAGCCAUCGUAGGAAGCAAGUUGAUCCUCUUCCAGGGAACUUCCGCGAUUCCACCGGAAGUGUACGAGUUGGCGGGUGCAAAUGUGUUCGAACACGCGCCUUGUGACAAUCGACUGGUGAUUAAGAUCGUCCCCAAGUGUGGAAGUUCAUCUAGCGCCAGGGAUAGCCUCGAUCGAGCGUCAUCGAUUGUCAGUGUGGAGUUCGGCGAGUUCUCAGGAGCUGCUGGUGUAUAUCCUGGAUCAUCAGCGUCGGCGGUGACGGCGAUAGAUCGUGACACGGUGCUGUUUCUGGGCUUCCGUGAGUCUUGGGAGCGUGACCAGUGGAGCAUCUGGUUGUCGAUGGACGAACCAGACCGCAGCACCAGUCAGCGGUUGGAUCUGGAUGACUCAGGCUUGCAGCAGAUACCGGAUGUGUUCCUUCAAGCUCCGGCAUCCGUCGAGGAGCUGCUUGCCGGCCGCAAUAAACUGCAGGAAAUAGCCCUCCGAGCGUUGGGUCAAUUUACGUAUCUCAAAGUAUUGCGUUUGAAUGGGAACGCACUGAAGGAUUUCCCAGACAGUCUGUUCAAUUUGCGAAGCUUGCGGUUGUUAGAUUUGAGCGAAAAUGAGAUUCGUAAACUGCCCGACAAUAUAGGCGCACUCAAGAACUUGGAGGAGUUUACAAUCGAAAGGAAUGAACUACGCGAGUUACCCGACAGUUUGCAAGGAUUGGCUAGUUUGAGGGUUUUGAAUGCGGCCUACAACCAGCUCGAGCAAAUACCUUCCUUCAUGGUGAACAACAUGCGUUCGAUGAGUUUGUUUCAACGAAACGACUCACUUCGAAAUGGACAUCUACAACAAUCGCAGCUGCGAGACGCGGCCCAGAAGAGCGAGGAGAAGACGGACAUUCCGUUGACGAAGGUCAACUUGAGGGGGAAUCAGCUAAAGGGCAGCAUUAUCCUUGGCAACUAUGGACUCCUCACACAACUGGACGUGAGUGAAAACUCGAUCGAGGUGAUGGACCUGUCGGCGUUGGAUAAGCUGGAAACGAUACAGUGCUGUCGGAACAGUUUGCGAGAGCUAACACUCAGUGGGAGAAAUCUCCACUCACUGAUAGCUGGCAAUAACAAUCUCACAAAACUGUCUGUCCGUGCGACACCGAUCAACCUGAAGCACAUGGACCUCAGCUACAACUGUCUGCAGGAGCUGCCAGACUGGUUGGUCGGAUGCCACCAGCUGCGAACACUGUACGCGAACAACAACCAGAUCCACACGAUCUCGGAGCAUCUGUUGAACAACGAACACGCCACGAUCCAGACACUCCACCUGGCGUACAACCGGUUGGCCAGCUUCCCACCGAUGGUGAAGCGCAAACUACCACUCCAGAAGCUGUACCUACAGUGUAACCUCAUCGAGGACUUGCCCGAGAACUUCUUCAUCGCCUGUGAGCGGCUGACGAUCCUGAACGUGUCCAGCAACAAGCUCAUGACACUGCCGAUCAUAUUCGGGUCCGGUUGCAGCCUCGAGCGAUUGUACGCGACCAACAACUCACUCACGGAUCGCGUACUCGACUCGUUGAUCUGUUUGCCACGGUUACGUGUCCUUCACCUGGGGUACAACCUGCUGACAACGAUGCCAGAGACGUGUAUCAGCUGUUGGGGAGAUUUGGAGGAACUAGUGCUGUCGGGCAAUAAGCUGCGCCAUCUGCCGGAUAACCUCGCUAACAUGGCCAAUCUGAGGGUGUUGCGUGUCCACUCGAACCAGCUUCAGACGGUGCCGAGUCUCGGUCGGACGAUCACAUUGCGGGUGCUAGACCUGGCACACAACCAGCUGGAUAAGGUGAACAUCGUCUCGUUGGUACCACGCAACCUGCAAUUCCUGGAUCUAUCUGGUAAUCGGCAGUUGCAAGUGGACGCACAACAGUUGAAAGCUUGCCGGACGCAACGUCCUAUGGCACUGGUGGAUGUUUCGGGCAAGAACCGGCCCUCAUUACCCACGGCUCCACUGCCCUACCAGGAGCACGAGGAUUACGAACCCUGCUGGAAGGUGGGCUUCGCCGAAACUAGCGGUUGUCUACCGAAGUUGUGCAUCGCUCAACUUCGACUGCCUGGAUUCUGCAAUUCCGAGGGUCUUUUCGGGCUGUUCGAUGGUGAAUCGGGGAAUGGCGUACCGAAUCUGCUGGUGAAGACGAUCCCCAAGAUCCUGCUGGAGGAGCGCACGGUGAAGGAGACAGCAAACGACUACAUGAAGUAUACGCUUCUGUCAGCUCAUCGGGAGCUAAAACAGCGUGGUCAACAGGAAGCGGUCAAUGUGACGCUGUGCCACAUCGCUCGGAGUCGGUUGCCUACGGAAGCGAUGAGUUACAUUCCACAGACAGUGGCCGGUGGCCGAAAGUUUAUCCUGCGUGUGGCCACCGUCGGUGAGAGUUCGGCAGUGCUGAUCAAGCACAACCGCUGCGUGAUGCUGAACGCAGGCAGUCCUGGGAGGAAACUUGGCUUGAGUGCGAAUUUUCCCGUAACCGUACCGGAUCCGGAAGUGCAGGAGGUGGUGCUGGGUGAUGCGGAUGAGUACCUGGUGCUGGGUAAUCGGAAGCUGUGGGAAGUCAUCACGAUGGAGACGGUUGCGGAGGAGAUCCGCAAGGAGGAGAACAUCCUGUUGGCGGCCAAGCGUGUGCAGGAUAUCGCGCAGAGUUACGGUGCCGAGGAGAACCUUAGUGUGAUGAUCGUACGAUUCAACAACCUCGGUACGGAUGUGGACUUUCUGAUGCGCGAGUUGCGACAGACGAUCCGCAAGAAGCCGGCUCUGUUGCAGGGCGCCUCAGGUGGAGCGAGUGUGAUGGCGGGCUUCUGCAAAUGUGGGUGUUGUUGCGAGACUAACAACAGUUGCUGUCACUCGGGAGCUGCUGUCCAGUUCGUGAGACAUCCGUCUGGACGGAGUGAUCGAUCUUCACCGAGUGGUCAAAGUGACCAAACGAGUGGCAGCGAGACGGUGACUCUACACGGACUUCCGCGGGUUGCUGGUGCUGCAGGAUCCUUGGUCAGUCGACGUCCUAACACGGCCUACCUAGCGAAUGAACGGCGUAGUCUGCGAGGUGGCGUCGUGCGAGCGGUUCGAGCCAAGAUCGAGGAAGAAAAGGAAAAGGACGGCGUAGACGAGUCAGACUCGGCCAUGUCGGAAGAGCAGUUCAAGUGCUGGGAGUACAUGCUGGAACAGAACACGCAGCUUCUGUUCGACAAAGAGCUCAACACCAUCUCGCGAGGAUUCAUCCCAAAGCGGGUGACGGCUGCAACCGGAAAUGGGACGUCUGAUUCACACGCCACAAGCUCCUCUGCAGGAUCCUCGGGAUCUGGGACAAGCAACCUGACGAAGCUGCAGUUGAAGAACCUCUCGACGAGUUCGCCACAGUUGGCACAGCUCGAGAGUGACAGUGGCAUGAACUCAUCGACGGUUAGCGGCUAUAGUGGAGCUACGAUGACAACGGCCCGAGCGACGCCUUUUCUGUCGAAGCAGUUCGGUUCGACGCGUUCCUUCCAUCCGAGCUCCUCCCAGAGCUACUUCAAGCCGAUCCAGUACAACACGGCCGCAGCCACGACCGCAGCACCUGGUGGAUGUCGUCCUCGACCCAUCAACACUGGCCCCAACGCGGCCUACUUCGGGUCCUUGCAGCGACUCAUGCCGUACAACUUGGAGUAUGAUCUGACCACCGUUCCGGACCGGUACGGCUCGAACGGGAAUGUCCUCGAGCGCGACAGCACACUGGAACUGGACGCGAUCGACCCAGAUGGAGGCCGUAUGCGACAGUACUGGGGUGUAGCGACGACGGAGCUGUAA